UAUGCGAUAUAAAGCAAAUAUCGUGAACAAUUGUCAAUUUGCAUUUGAGGGGGAAAUACAACUCGCGCAGCAAUUUGCACCUUUCGGCCGGUGAAAUUUAAUUCAUUUUGUUUGCACACGCUAAGGCUGAAAUUCCCAAAAUCGUAACACCAUCAUGCUUAAAAGGCAACAGCAUCAUCUCGGAUUUGUCAGUUUGCUAAGAAAUCUUGCCAGAGACAUGAAAGCUGUGAUCGCUCUUAUCGGCUUAGUAUUCUGCAUUGCUGGAGCAAUGGGAACACCUAUUGUGGUGGGAUUACCUCUUCCGCUGCCAAUUGGUGUGGGAUUCGGAGUACUUCCUCCGCCUCCGCCACCGUCCUACGGCUACUAUCCGUACCCACAUCACCACCACCAUCAUCAUCACCCAGGAUAUGGAUACGAUUAUGGAUAUGGAAACUAUGGAUAUUAAGAAUACGAUGCGUGGAAGUGAAACUUUGUUUAAGAUUAAUUCGCAAGCGUGAAACUUAUGAAAAUCUUGAUAUAUCAAAAUAAAACAAUAUUUAUUAUAUUA